UUACUGAACAGUAAUCAGUAAUUACACGCUUUUCGAGGCCUCCCAUAUCAUAUCUCUCACUCUUUUCAUUACUGCUGUUUUUUUUUUUCAACUUUAAAAUCGCUUUUCCCACUAAUACCACCAUCAUUCUACAUGUCAGCUUCUUCUCCUAAAUCUCCAUCAACCCUCAUAACCUCAUUAUUCUCAAAUUUUAACAUUUCCUCAAAAUCAAAACUUUUUAAAAAAUGGGAAGUUCAAACUCAAAACCAGAAAAAACAGCAGCACUAGGAAUGUGCAAACAAAGAAAACGCCUAAUUAACCAAGCAAUUAAUUCAAGAUACAAUCUAGCAGCUGCUCAUAUUUCCUACAUUCAAUCCCUCAAAAACAUCGGCAUUUCACUUCGUCGAUUUGCAGAAGCUGAAGUUUUGAUUGAAUCUUCAAUUUCUCUCUCUCCUACUCACAACACUGAUCAACUCGACAAAACUCCUUCUCACUCUUCUUCUUACCACCCUUCUCCUUCCCUUUCACAUGACGAUGUUGUCGAGGUUUGUUCCUCGGAACCCGGAUUAAGUUGCAUGAAAUCCGGCGUUGUCGGCGGAAGUGGCAGUGUUGCUGUUACUUUAAGGUAUAAUCCUAGUACUAACAUUCAUAGUUUCGUUGAUAAUAAUGAUGAUGAUUCCUUGGUUUUUCCGAUGCCUCCGCCGCCACCUCCGCCGCCGCCGCUUCUUCCUGAAUCGGAAGCUUCUUGGGAUUACUUUGAACCCGGAGAUGAAAAGCCCAGACCCGAACCCGAACCCGAGAGUUUUCGGUUUGUGGGUUUGGGUUGUAAUGGGCCUGAAAGUGGUGUUGGUGGGAGUAUAAGGUUGUGGGGUGAAGAGGGUAGUGUUGGAAAUUUACAAAAGGUUGAGGGUGGGGUUAGUAAAAUAGGGGGUGGUGAUAGUAAUUCUGGGCAAAAGGAGAAAGAUUUGGGUGAAGAAAGGGAGGAUCCGUCUGAAUUUAUUACACAUAGAGCUAAGGAUUUUGUGUCGAGUAUUAAGGAUAUUGAGCACCGGUUUUUUAGAGCUUCUGAAUCGGGUAAAGAGGUUGCUAGGAUGUUUGAAGCUAAUAAAAUUCAGGUCGGGUAUGCCGAGGCCAAAGGAGGCUCAUCUUCAUCGGAGCUUUUAGCAGCUUGUCCUUUGGUUUUUUGUCGUGGCAAAAGUGUUCAUGAUGCUAAUGAUCUUCAGCAACAAAAUGUGCCCAAGAUGAUUGUAUGGAACCGGUCUACAUCUUCACAAUCGUCAUCAUCAAGGAAUCCUCUUGCCUCUGCAUCUAAAGAUGAUGCCGAUGACAGUGGUAGUGAGUGUGUAGAAGAUUUUUGCAUGAUUUCAGGAAGUCAUUCCUCCACUCUAGACAGGCUCUAUGCAUGGGAGAGAAAGUUAUAUGAUGAAGUCAAGGCCAGUGAAGUCAUCAGGAAGCAGUAUGAAAGGAAAUGUGACCAACUCCGCCAUCAGUUUGCAAAGGAUGUUAGUACUCAUGUAAUUGACAAAACCAGAGCAGCUGUAAAAGAUCUGCACUCACGCAUCAGAGUGGCCCUUCAUGCUGUUGAUUCCAUAGCAAAGCGCAUUGAGAAAAUGAGAGAUGAAGAAUUACAGCCCCAACUUACUGAAUUGAUUACUGCAUUUAUAAGGAUGUGGAAAGCCAUGUUGGAAUGCCAUCAUGCACAAUACAUAACAAUAUCAUUAGCUUACCAUGCUAAGACUGCUAUGGGGACCUUGGGAAGCGAAGCACAUAAGCAAAUAAUGGCUCAACUCCAGUAUGAAUUCGAGUGCUUUGGUCUCAGUUUCGCGGACUGGAUGAAUAGCCUCACAUCCUACGUGGAAGCUAUCAAUGGAUGGCUACAAAAUUGUGUGCUGCAGCCACAGGAACGUGGUCGAGGUAGCAGAAGGCCAUUCUCCCCUCGCCGUGUCGUGGCCCCACCAAUAUUUGUCCUGUGUCGUGAUUGGUCAGCAGGGAUCAAAGCUUUGCCUUCUGAAGAGGUCAGUGAUGCAAUUAAAAACUUCUUGUCCGACCUGCAGCAACUGAUAAAGCAACAGCAGCAGGCAGAGGAGAAAAAGGAGAGAGCAGUUUCAGAAAGCAAUGGCGAAUUACAAGAGGGGAAGGACGAAGAUGCCAAUGAGGGUAAAUCUGAGAAUUUGGGCUCUAUCCACACGAGUUUGACAAAGGUGCUUGAUAAACUAACCAAAUUCUCCGAGGCUUCCUUGAAACUCUACGAGGAUAUUAGACAGAAAAAUGAAGCAGCUCGUCUUGCAUAUUUGAAUCCUAGACCUUUCAGAUACUGAAACUCUGAAAGGUCCAUGUAAUUACUACUGAAAAUAUAUCUGAGCAUUUUGCUUCUAA